AUGAGGGCUCUGUGCAGUCCCUCCUUCCUGGCCUUCCUCGGGGCAGUGCUGUCCAUCCUGGAAGUGGUGGAGGCCACCCGGAGUGGUUUACAUAUCCUUCACCAGUACUGCGAGUGCACUCAACGCGAUCACAAGACCGUUGUGUCCUGGGUGGAUGGCUACGAUGGCGAGACCAUCGUUUACUACGACCCGGACAACAAGACGUUUGUGGCCACCCGUCGCUUUGCCCAGAGAGUGGUGGACAAGCGCAACGCUAACAGCUAUUUUGUGGAGUCCAUCCCCGAGCAGAUCGCGAGCCUCUGCGACAGGAUCAAGCGCCUGGCCAUCUCGACCAACGCCACAUGGGAAAGAAAAGCUCCUACCCAUACCAGAGCCUUCAUGCAGAAGAAACAGGGCCAAAUGUACCUGGUGUGCACGGCCAAGAACUUCUUCCCCCGGGGCAUUAAAGUGCACUGGGUCAGAAACGGGAAAGUUGCUGACAGUGGAUCAGACAUGACCAACAUUGUCCCUCAAAGCAAUGGGACUUUUCAAGUUAGGAGCGUCCGUUCUCUGGAUGGAGACAGCCAGGGGUACGUCUGUCAGAUGGAGCAUGAGGCCGUCAGUGGGAAGCUCGUGAUACCUCUAGAACACAAGGCACUGGUUGAGAACGAAGCUUUGAUCAUUGUUGGAGCUGUUCUGGGGAUACUCGGGCUCUGCGCCAUGGCGGUGACUGGAAUCCUGUACUGCUGCACCUCAGAGGGACCUCCUCACCUGCUCUACCGGUGUCAUUGGUGCCAAUAUGUACCAGGCUGCUCACCCUCGCCCUUGAGAGUGGCAUGA